GAAUAGGCUCAGCAGUAAUCUGACAGCUCUGGAAUGUGAGACUGUACUCUUAGACUUCAAUGCAGUGACUGUACCUUGCUUUAAGCUUCUUUCAAGCUAAGAAGCAAAAAAAUUAUAUCUAUGGCUGAGCAAAUGGAAAUUGCAUGGAAACUCCUUGAUUUACAUGACUCCAUCUCACUUUCCAAGACAGAGAGACAAGUUCGAAGGAUGGGGGGACUGAAGCAAUGGCAGCUGGAUAGAUGUCCACACUUAAAUUCAUCAAUGACUCACUCACUGGAACACAAAAAGACCCUAUUGUACGAGGCUGCCUGGAAAGGUGACAUGGAUCAAGUGAACACAUUACUCAACUUUGGGAUAUCCGUGAACUGCCAGAAUCGCAGUGGAUGGUCCCCACUACACAUAGCUUCAUGCUGUGGAAAUCUUGAUCUAGUGAACUACCUUCUACAAAAAGGUGCAUCUGUAAAUAUCAGGGAUUUGUGGAACUACACCCCACUUCAUCGUGCUGCAUGGAAUGGACAUACGCAAAUAGCAGAAUUGCUCUUACAGUGCGGGGCAUUGCCUGAUACGCAGACCUCUUCAGGAGAAACGCCAUUGCAUUUGGCUGCAGCUAAUGGACGUCUACAAUGUGUUCAAACCCUGCUAAAAUAUAAAGCUUCUCCCACCAUCAGAGACAACAAUAAGUGGACUGCACUGCAGUGGUGCUCUGUCAAUGAUCACAUAGAUGUGCUGGAUUACCUGGUAUCUCUUGGACUGUCCCUUGAAGAUGAAAGUAACAAAGGCAUGAACAUGCUCCAUCUGUCUGUAUUGGCUAGAAACAUACAAAUUACUAACUACAUACUAAAAAAAAAACAUGAUGUAAAUGUGAAAGAUGAGAAAGGGACAACAGCUCUACAUCUAGCUGCAGAAAAUGGUUACUGUGAGAUAGCAGAGUUCCUUCUGAGAAAAGGUGCCACUUUGCAGACGCUUGAUGAAAACCAUCUCACCCCAUUACAUCGGGCGGCAGGUCGAGGCCACACUGACACAGUGAAACUACUGCUGAUAGAAAGAGCUGAAGUGAACAGCGCUGAUUUGUUGAACCUAACACCUUUACACCAUGCAGCCUACCAUGGUCACAAUGUGGUAUGUGUGUAUCUUCUUCAACGUGGAGCCAACCUACAUGCCAAAGACUGGCUGGGAAAGACUGCAUUGCACCUGGCUGUAGAGAGAGGCCAUACUGGUGUGGUUAAAACGCUGAAGGAAUGGGGAGCUGAUCUCUGUGUUAAAACAAAAUGGAAUGAGUCAGCUUCAGAUAUGGCGCCACAAGGCAGCUGUAAGGAUAUUCUUAAUAUUUUAAACAUGGGAGGUAUGAAUCUAUGCUAGAGCAAUAGAACUAUAUCAUGAGACUGAAAACAUUAAUUAAACAAAAAUUCUUUAGCUAAUUGUGUGAACUUUAAGAGCAGUUAUGUUAUGUAUUCCACUAUUGCAUUGGUCACUAUUUUCUUAAGCACUUUUUCCUGCACAAUUCGCAUUAAACUAUAUCUAUUGUCAAAAAUAAAAAGUUGACAUGUUUCCACAUACAAAUGUAA